AUGGCUUCAACGACAGUUAACGGUGAAGUAGGCGGGUCUGCCGCACGGACUGGAGGGAAACGCGGCACAGGCCGCGUCGGGGACGCUGCCAGCGGCGACCUGGUCUUCACGAGUGCGUGCCGCCUCGUGCGUGACCAAAGCGAGACUUUGUCUGCGUCAGACGCGAAAAGUCUGCCUUCCAUCAAGGUAUCGUGGGAUCAAAAGCUCUCCACGUACAUCUACAGGACAAAGCGUUUUCUGCUCAGUUCAGAGCGCGUGUCCAUAAGUGGUAUUGGGAUGGCUAUCACGAGCGUCGUGAUGUGCGCUGAGAUACUGCGCAAUGAAGGGUUUGUAGAUAUCGUGAGUAUCGAGACGUCGAUGCUCAAGAGCAAGGCGCAAAACGCCCCUGCGCACCAGAAACCGGUUGUGGAGAUCGUCGUGGAGCGCACGCCGCAGUUCCACGAGCGUAUGGAGGCCGAGAAUGCAGCCCGUGCUGCCAGGCGACCAGAUCGAGAACGCAGGGCUGCGACUGGUGCACCAUCCGGGCGCCGAGGCGGUGGGAAUGCUCGCUCUGCCGCAGAUGCGCGACCGCACCCACGAGACGGUGAAGAGGAAAGCGAAGAAAACGAGGACGCUGAGCACGAAUGA